AACCAUAACAGUCGUGAGUCUCGUGACGGUAGGAAAGCGCGGAGACCAUCUUGCAACCCCUGCAAGAGCCUGCAAUCAAGGCAGCUCCUGACCUAUCCGCCGCGCAUCCCAGCAUGCCUUAUUCGGAGGGCGCGCGCACGCGCACUUCACAGUCCACCUCCGGCGCCAGCAAGAGGCGAAAGGUGGACGCGACAUCUGAAGCUGGUCCCAGCUCCAGCUUCAAUGGCAGCGGUAGCAGUGCAGACCGCGGUCGUGGGAGAGGCCGAGCAAGAGGUCGAGGUCGAGGUCGAGGUGGCGGAGGCUCGAGAGGCGGGAGACAAGCAGACGGACCCAAACGCGCUCGUCGACAAGGCGGGCACGCCAAGUCCAAAAGGGGAGCGGAUGAUGCGGACGAGGAUGAUACCAAGCCUGGUCUCAGCAAGAUGAAAGCGGCGCUCAGGCAGACGAAAAGACUGCUGGCUAAGGACGAUCUCCCACCCGACGCUCGACAGCAAGCUCAGCGGCGCUUGCAAGCGCUCACACACGACGUUCAGACGCGAGAGCGCGAGAAUGUGGAGAGGGAGAAUGCGCGCAACAGUCAUCGAGCUCGAUUCUUUGAGAGACAAAAGCUUGUUCGUCGGAUCAAACAGCUCAAGACGACGCUUUCUGAAGAAGAAGCCAAAGAUGCAAGCGUAAUCGAAGCCCAGCUGUUCGAAGCGCGUGUUCGACUCAAUUACGUCCUCAAUUGGCCACACGAGCACCCAUACGUUGCCUUGUUUCCGGCACGAGGAGAUGCGCCCUUCGUCUCACUGGACGAAAUGAUCAGCGCUGAUGUCAGUCCGAAUCGCGCUACAACGAACGAAUCGUAUUCACGCGCACACACAGUCAGAGCGGAGAUGGAGGCUGCUAUGAGAAGGGGAGAAAUGACAGAACCCGAAACUUUGCUCGAGGCUGGUGAACGCAGGGUAAAGAGCGGCGAGGAAGCCAAGAGAAGACGGGACGAGACUGAAGACAGGGAUGCUGACGACUCGGACGAGGAAGAGGGACUGGCUGCUGAUGACUUUUUCGCUCAAGGUGGGAGCGACAGCGAUGAGGACCAAGCGUAGGGCAGCAGGCGCGCCAUGCACAAGUUCAGUAUCAUCCCGCUACAUUGGCCACAAAAUCCUACCACAAUGUUUGCGGUGAUGACAUGACUGCACAAAUGUAUGCCACUAAGCCUUGCCAAAUUUUCUGAGCGGAUCGGCUUUCUUGCCUCUUCCGCCCCCUCUGCUCCCGCCUCGACCGCGACCGCGUCCGCGUCCUCUGCCGCGUCCAGUGGAAUUCUUUGCAAAACCAACGUAGCCCACAUUGCGUCCCUCUGCAUUCGUAUCUGGUCUGGACGACCCGCUUGCUGUUGGUUCUGAGCUCGCAGAGCUGGGCCCGCUAGGCUGCUUGAGCCGCGUGAUGCGAGGCAUCAGAUACGACGGGACGUGUUUCAAGUGC